CCUCCUGAUCAUCUCUCUGGGAAUUCAGACUUCAGUGAGAGGACGAACGCCAUUAGAGCAAGAAGUACUACUAAGCUCACAUCUCAUACUCUACAGAGAUGCAGUGUUCGAGCACGGCCGUUGCUUCUUGCUUGCGUCUGCUUGCGACCAUUUUUCUCCUCCUUGCAAUGGCUGGUCGCUGCCACUCGCAGCAAUUGGAUCAUAUUCAGCUCAGCAGAAUUCAAGGCUCCAUCGAAGACCUCACUCACGUGGUACAAGAGCUUUCGGAGAACGUCACCUCAGGAAUCGGGAAGCUUUCGGACGUCACCGCAGGAAUCGGGAAAAUUUUCAACUUAUUGGCCAUAGAUCAUCUUUACUGUGAAAACGGUUGGCUGAAGCUGAGAUCCUCCUGUUACUUCCUUGGCAAAGACAUCAGCAACUGGGAACAGAGCCGUCAGAAAUGCUUAGCCAUGGAUUCCGAUUUGGUCACAAUCACUCGCGAUGAGGAGUACAACUUCCUCCGUGAUCUUUCAAAAGGUCACAACAUGUAUGUAGGACUGAAUGACCUGCAGGAAGAAGGGACCUACAGAUGGGUUGCAGAUGGCACCAUCCACCAAAUCGUUGAAUCAUGGUGGGUUGAAGGCGAGCCCAACAACCCCAAUUCACAAGAACACUGUGUCCAUUUCUCUAACUACGUAGACGGUCGCUUCAAUGAUCGCGUUUGUGCCAAUGAGUUCAGAUAUAUCUGCGAGAAACCUGCCCAACUGGAUUGGAACUCUGAUUCAGUGUCAGAAUAAGAAAUGCCUACAGACAAUGAAAUGGAAUAUGUAUUAGGACUAAGAAUUCCUUCCAAGUGUCUACAUAAAGUGAAAUUGCCUGCUUUUUAUGUGCUUGUAUUUCUUAAGCUGUAUCCUGUUGGACAACUCCACAGUUUAUGUUAACAUUUCUUCAACUAACAGUAAUAUAAAAGUAAUAUUUAGGUUUUACUCACAAAUUGAUAUACUGUACCUGUUUUAGAAAGGGGUCCUUUUGGCUACAAGCCACCCUCCACAGUAGUUUUCAUGUGGAACGUAAAUAUGUAUAAAGCUAUCUGAUACCCAUUUGGUAAGAGAACUGAAGUGCUCUGUGAACCAAGUUUCUUUCCAAGUAGUUUCUCUCUCUCUCCAGGUGAGCACAAUCUCAGUCUUCCAGGAAAGCGGUUUUGUCAUCUCAAUAAACAUGGUUGAACUGAUUCGAAAUGGGGUGGACUUUCUCUCAUCAGACACUUGAGUCUUUGUGUUUCUGUAAAGUGCUCUAAUUCCCUAGAUUAUACUAAAAAUUAUGCAAGCAUUUUCAAUAUGCAUUUUUAAAAUAAUACCUUACACAACUGUGCAUACUUAGGUUCCCAUUCUCUUUCAUAGGGGAUGUCUCCUUCAAUUGGACGAGCAGACUUCAUCCUGUAUCCCACAGGCAGCCUGCAACCAAUUUCUGGUUCAUUUCUUGCUGGGAACAUUUUCAGAUAUCUUUGUAGUAUGCGUUCAUGCUGCAAUGCAGAAAUUACACAGGCAAAUUUGCAACUAAACAUUCCUGUUGUUAGAGACAGAAAACUACAUUUUGAAUUCCCUACAAAAACAGGAAAGCAAUACUCCAUUGAGAGAAAAUUUCCUAAAAUCUGUGAAAAAAAAUCAGUCACGGAUCAAGGAAAUAUACUGCAUGCUCAACUACAGUAACUCUUUUAUCUCAUUGCUUUCCGAUAUACUUCUACUUUAUAUUUUUUUCACUAACAAUACUUCAAGACUAAGUCCAGACAUGCAAAUCAUAUUUAGUAUUCUAUUUUCAUAUUCUGAGUACCAUCCUGCAUUUAUGUAAUACCUCGCCCAUCAAAAUCAAUAUCUUAAAAGACAAGAACUACACUUGCAGCAUUAUUGAUCAGGAGAUAUAUAAAUAAAAUUUGACUCAGUUAAACUUCUC